AUGUCCUUUUCCUUUGGCUUCAGCGGAGAUGACUAUGACGAGGCAGAGUCUGAAACAGCCAGGCUUGAGCAGGGACACGAUGCAGACCAGACCGUCUCGUUGAUUCCUGCACAGCGUCAUACACUCGCUGACCUGGUUGCAGCAUUACCACGGACACUGGCAUACAGCACGCUGACGCUCGGCGGUCGAUUAAUUCCGCGUCGCGAGUUAUGGGAUAUCAAGCAUCAGCUCAUGUCCGGUGAUGCAGCAAUUGCGGAUAGCGCUGCAGAAGAGGCAAUGGCGUAUAUGGCGAAAGACGAUGUUAUCCAUGGACUCUAUGAAGGUGGUUUCAAGACAUGGGAGUGUAGCUUGGAUCUUGCUGAGCAGGUGCCUGGACAGCUACCAGCGCAUGCGAUUGAGCUUGGUUGUGGCACUGCUCUACCUACGCUGUGUUUGUUGGAUGCAGCGCUUGAGCAGAAGUAUGCGAUGCGCUUGACUGUGCAGGAUUAUAACUUAUCGGUGCUGCAACUUGCUACGAUACCCAAUCUCUUUCUCGUCUGGCUACGGCGGCAGAAUCCAUCUGCGUUUGAGAAAGAGGGUGAAGUACAAGUCUCUGAUGAGCAAGUCGCUCAGUUCCAGAGAGGGUUGUCAGCACUGGGUAUUCAAGUCGAUGGCAUGACGGGUGCGUGGUCGCCUGCGAUGCUAGACUUGCUGCAACCGGUAUCGCCUGUGUGUGUCUUGGCAAGCGAGACGAUCUAUGCGCCGAGCGCGUUACUUGCAUUCUUGAGACUGCUUCAAGGCUUGUUGGAGGGUGGACGGGGUGAGGGACGGAUUGCAGCGAAGCAUGUGUACUUUGGCGUGGGCGGCGGUAUCAGGGCGUUCAUGGAGGGAUGUGCUGGACAUGGGUUGGUAUGUGAGAGUGUGUAUGAGGUGGAGCAGGGCGUACGGCGGUGUGUCUUGCUUGUGAGGUCUACGGGUGCUUGA